AAAUGUCAGUCACAAACAGGAUAAACGAAAGGGCAAAAUGGCGUUUUUUGUCAGUGAGGAAUUUUAGGAAGAACAAGUUAUAAAUUUUGUGCAGUAAAGCUUAGAGAAAAUAAAUUACAUUGCAGUUUGUAUUAUAAAAGCUUGCAUUAAUAAAACCAUUCAUAAGGAAAUAAGUAUACAAAAUCAAUGAAAAUGUAAAAAAAAGCUAACCCAGUUAGAGGAAUUUUUAGUGAAUCAUAUAUUAAACGCCCUCAAUAACAUUCCUCGCACUCUUCUCCGAAACACAUACAACAACACAGGUGUUUGUGUAAUGCACAACUAGAACUUGUCAAGUGCAGUUUUUGCAGCACUCAAGAUGAAAACAACAAAUGAAGUGACGAGGCAAUAAUUGGUGAUGAGAAAGGGAAACAUCUAAUGUGUAUUGUGGAAAGUGAAAAUUUCUGCGAGAUUUUGUUUGGACGAAUCGAUUUUUAACUUCCUCUGAGACCGAUGCUCAAAGUUAAAUUUUUAAAUGAAAAUGCAUACAAAAUGCCAAAAUACAAAAGUUUAGACCAUAUAACAAUUUGGAAUUGAUAUAAUGUGUGAAGAUGUUUGCGACAGUAGGGCGUACACUGUUGAUACUAAUGUUUCUGUUGCAUGUUGCAAGAAUUAAAAUGCAUUAAAAAAGUAAGAACAUUAGUGACCGUAAUAACAACGCAAAUCUAUUUCGCUUCACUGGAGCGUUCAGUUGCAGACGCGUCGUGCUUGCGCUUACUGCAGAAACCAACCACUACAAUAUUGGUAACAAAACCAUUCGGUUGAAGUUUGGAUGAUAUCCCAAUGAAGUACGAUAAAAUCUAGAGCUAAUAAUUAUUAGAAAAAUUUUUAAAUUGGCGCAUUAAGCCCAAAUAGUGUCUAACAAUGGAAUUAAAAGUAUGGGUGGAAGGCAUUCAGCGGAUUGUGUGUGGCGUUACAGUGAACACAACAUGUCAGGAUGUGGUUUUCGCGCUGGCGCAUGCCACUGGUAAAGUGGGCCGCUUUACGCUUAUAGAACGUUGGCGCAACAAUGAACGUUUGCUGGCGCCGAAUGAAAAUCCGCUUAAGCUAUUGAUAGAAUGGGGUGAAUAUGCCAAUGAUGUGCAAUUUAUACUGCAGCGUUCGGAAAAUAAAAUACAACAACAACAAACGCCACGCAUAGAAAACACUGUUGCAAGCAACACUAGCAACAAUAACAACAGCAGUACUACUAACCAUGCCACAGCUGUGAUGUUGAGAAAGCCUCUAGGCUUAAGCAAUAGCAAUAAUAAUAAUACUAGUAAUAGUCAUAGUAAUAUCAACAACAAUAAUAACAACACAAAUAGCAGUAAUUAUAAUCAACAGCAAGUAAAGUCUCCACACUUGUCCGAAUUAAACUCGAAUUUGAAUAUAUCGCCACACCUAGAAAUAUCGCGAGAAUUGAAAAAGAAAAGUUUUGGAGCUCAUGAUGUUAAACACAUUGAAAACAUUGGAAUUGUUAAGGGUAUUCCACAGCGUCCUAAUAACAGUAAAAUUAAUAGUACCAACAAUAAUAAUAAUAAUGUAAACAACCAACAACAUGUGCCGCUCCAAAAAUCACCCACACCCACAAGCUCACCACUUUCUCCUCACGACACGCGCAUCUCACGUUCACCUAAUUCAACUGCAGACAACAAUAACUCUUCGCCACUGCCGCAGCUCAUACCGCGCCAUGAGAAAUCACAUUCAAAUCCCACUGAAAUGUCCCGAACGCAUGCUCACACUUUUUCCGACGGUGCCGGAUUUUUUAACGAUUCGCAGCACACAAACAGUGACACCAACAAUAACAAUAAUAUAUAUCAUCAAUUAGGUACGCAGACUAGCAAAUCAAUCAAUGAAAUCAAUUUGGCUGUUGUGCGAGAAUCGCUUGAUCGUCGCAUAGCCGCAGACAGUCCGGAUGUGCUGUAUGCUACACCGCACAGCAAAAACUUCAAUAGCAGCAGCAACCAUCAGCACAAUAAUAACAAUAGCAGCAACAGUUGUAGCAGUAGUAGUAGCGAAAAUCUCCUCGAUAUUCACAAUGGUAAUGUGAAUCGUAGUGGCGGUGACAUGCCCCCAGAUUUAUUGUAUAAAAAUGCACCGACAAUAUCGGCGAACGGGGCACUAGUUCCACCACCCUACCGUGAUCCUCCGCCACCGCGCAAUAGCCCCUUGCAAUUGCAGCAACAGCAAUUUCAUACACAGCAAAUGUCAUCAGCUGGAAUGGGCUCUGCAGUGGUGAAUAGUUACAACCAAGAUUACAACAACACUAGCGAUUACGACGUUGAAUUUCAGCAUUUGAGCGGCAGUAGCAACGGUGUAGGAGUAAGGGAAGGUGGUGGCAGUGUCGGCAGUAUAGAGGAGAGCGAAAGUAUAUUUCAGGCAACCCAAUACAAUGAUUUGAUGCAGUUGAUCAAAUUUCAACGAGAAAAGAUUUCAGCGCAACAACUGGAGUUGAGUAAAUACGAUGCCGAGAUUAUUUAUUUGGAAAACAAAGAACGUGAUCAAGCUCAGGAGCUUGAAGCGAUUUCUCGUGAAAUUACUAAAGCCGAUCAGAUCUUUCGACAGGGGAGUGAGCAGUUGCAAACCCUACAGUAUGUUGAGGAAGAGAAUGAACUAGUGAAGCAGCAGGAGAAGACUUUGAAAUCUGAAAUUGCUUUGCUACGUUCCAAAUUGGCUAAUUGCGAAACUGAAUUGCUGCAGUGCAAGAACAAAAUUCGCCUGUUGAUGAACGAUAUUGAAGUGGAGCAGCGGAGUAAUGUGACUAAACAGAAGGCGAAUCGUCAAAAUGUUGAGCGUGACUUUCUCAUGGAAAUGGAGCGCAUACAAAGCGAAAUCGACCAGGCUAUACAUAACACGGACACGUCAAAUAAAACUGCAGAAAAUUUGAAGAAAGAAAUCUUAUUAAUUGAGAAUGCGAUAACAGAAAAGAAGCGUCAGGUGGAACAGUUGGUCAACGAAAUGAAAGAAGUAAAUUUGCAAAGUCUGACGGUCACUACGUCCGAAGAAAUUAAGCAUUUUAUGGAAGGUUCCAAUAAACCCGGCAGUAGUCGUCGCAUAAUCGGCUCACCUAGGCAGUUGGAAAAUGCGGUACCCACCAGCAAAAAUCCGCAUGGGGUUUGGGUUUAAUUGUAAGGCGUAGUAGAAAAUUACUAUUCUGAAAUUAUUCUUAUAAAACAAUUUAUAAUUGAGGAAAUAAUCCAUGCAGGAAAUAUGAAAUGCGCAAGACGAAAGUAAGCGAAAUUAAAUUAUAAAAAUUGAGCGCUUUGAAAAUUUCAAAAAAUACCUACAUAUUUUCGAAGACGUUAUUCGACAGUUAGUGACUAGCGCACGUUUAUUGCUCUAUCAUUUAAUUGUUUUUCAAGCCGAGAUACGAAUUAUUGUAAAUCGCAACAUUUUAAGAGCAACAACGACAACAAUGUGCAUAUCAAAAACGCAAAAAUACUUGUGUUACUAAAUAUGCUGCUGAUCUACAGACGAAUUAUAAUGGAAAGAACUAAAUUUAGAAACUCAACUGCACAUUUUUUACAUAUCUUGCAAACAAGGAGCUACAUAUACACCCAUUUGAAAUACAUUAUUCAAAGAUUUAUUAAGGAAACUAUUUCAAAGCCACCUUUUAUGGUAUAUUAAAUUUAAAAUAUGUACUUAACAUAAAUAAUCUUAUGUAUAGAAAGAAAGUUCAAGACAUUUUCAUUUUUGACUAAAAUUCACAAUUAAAGAUCUCUGUUGAAACUUUAAAUGUUACAAAACAGUUAUAAGUAAUUUGUUAAUACAUAUAAACCCAACCCGAUACUAUAAUUCGUAUGCCACAAUAAGCGUAUGAAAAAUUUCGAAAAGAAAUUUUGCUGCUUUAGACUUACUUAGAGUGAUCUAUUUUCUUAUGAUUAUAAAUAUAAACAAAAUUAUAAGUGUUUUAAUGUGCAAUUCAAACACUUUGCAGCUUAAGACUAUAAAAACGCAUUCCAUUUUGUUGAAUUUUACAACAACUACUGCUGCAUAUUUUAACAUUCCAAUUUUUUUUAGAAUUUUUUUUUUAGCUUAAACUGCCUUUUUUAACCAAGUCAAGUAUGAUUUAAGUUUAUUACAAUAAUAUGUUUUGUAGCCGAUUUUAUAUUGAAUUUUAAAAAUUUUUAUAGUUUAGUAAAAAGACUUGAGAGUGCAAAUUUACCCACGAAAAUUAAUAUGUUAAAAACAAAAACCUUCAUUUUGAUAGAAAGGAGUCUGAUAUGUGAAUGAAAAUCCAUAAGUCUAUUUAGUUUAUAAUUUCCAUAUUGAGUUACUUUAAGCGAGAAGAGCAUCAAUGAUAUAUUAAAUUGUAAAUUUUUAGUUUGCUAAGCAACUUAUAAUUAUUAUAUUUCUUAUUAGCUAAAUAAUUUCUAUGCAAUAACUGUGAGAAGUAACUGAUAAACUUAAAGUUGCCCCGUCGCGUGCUGUUAGAUUAAUACUUAAAAGCUAUUCGCAACAAAUAUAUUUCAUCUAAAUAAUAGUGCUUUAAUUUUCAUGUGCUUUAUAUGUAUAAUAGUUAAGUGAACUUUCCAUUGAGCAUUAAGGAUGUUUUAAUAUAAAAUUUAUUUUUUUUUCGACGUUAAGCUUUAUUUGAAUUGUUGAAAGUUUUAAUUUUUUAAAUGUGAAAAUCUCGUUUCUACUUUAUCUUAGUUUUUCAUACAAAAUAUAAAAAAAGUACUUUUGCUUUGUGUUAGCUAAAGAAAAGAAAAUAUUUAAAGGCAUAUUAAAUGAAAAAAGUUACACAUCAAAACGCUGUUUAUCAAACACGAAAAUUUCAAACCCCUUUAAAUAAGGCAAAUUCAUACCUGGUGGUGACACAAGAACAACAAUAUUUUGUGCAUCAGUCCGCAUGUAGAGUAGUAAUAACAAAGCGCAUUCAUUAAAGUUUUGCACGUUUGAUUGUCAAAGCAAAGUAUUGACAAAGUAGAAAACAAAGAAUGAAUUCGCCUUGUUUCGUUCUUUGCUGACAGCCGUAUGGACUCGGCGAAAGAAAAAAAACAAAUCAACUGAUUUACCGGUACCAGCCAAGAAGAAUAGAGAAAUAGAUUGCGAAUUCGCUGUGUCGUAAGAGUCCAUGAAUAAACAAACAAAAGAAAGGGGAAUUACUUGUUGUGAUGAGGAAGAGUAGGCAGUGGGAACAAUCAAACAGAAAAAAUUAUACAAUACACACACACACACUCUUGCCAAUGCGCCACCCGUAUAAAACCGCAAGCAAACUGCAUUUGCAGGCAUUAUAAAGGGUUUUCCAAUAAGAGGUGUUAUUUUGAUAUUCAAAGUUUGAUUUCGUUGCUUGUGUGGCACGUAGCACCGUCUUGUUGAAAAUAAACGUUGUCCAGAUCAAUACCAUCCAAUUUCGGCCAUAAAAAAUCGUUAAUCAUCUCUCGAUAGCGCAAUCCAUUCACCGUAACUGUUGCUCCAGCUUCAUUUUCGAAAAAGUAAAGUCCAAUGACUCCACCGGACCAUAAACCGCACCUAACAGUCACACGUUGAGGAUAGAGAGGCUUUUCAACAAUAACUCUUGGAUUGUCUGAGCCCCGGAGCCGUCAAUAUUGCUUGUUGAUGAAGCCACCGAGGUGGAAAUGGGUCUCAUUACUCAAGAUGAUUUUUCGAUGGAAUUCCGGAUCAUUUUCAUGCAUUUCAACGAUCUAAUCAGUAAAGACACGACGUUGUUGAUGAUCGGCCGAUUUGAGUUCUUGUGUUAACUGUACUUUAUAAGCCUUAAGACCCAAAUCUUUAUGCAAAAUACGGUGUAAUAACGUUUGUAGAAUGCCUAAUUCCAAAGAACGACGAAGAAUGAACAAAACUGGGCUUUCUUCAACCCUUUAGGCUACAACAGCAAUAUUUUAGGCUGUUCUUGAGCGACGUGCACGAGUUUUAUUCUUCACAUCAAUAACUUAUCCCAACAGCUCGAAUUUUUUCACCAAUUUCUGUAUUGCGGUCCGACAAGGUGCUUCACGAUGACCGAAAAAUGUUUAUAUUGAAAAUUUUUAUAUUGAAUUUUAAUCAUUUCGAUGCGUUGUUUAAUCGUGUAUCGUUCCAUUUUUAUUAAUCGGGUAGUUUCUACUUAUCAAAUAUCAAAAAAUGACAGCUUGAAAAGUGACAUCUACCGAAAUAGCGGACUAUUCAAAAUAACACCUGUUAUUGGAAAACCCUUUAUAAUAUUAACAUGUGCUUUCACAAUUUAACACGCAACACUUCGCUUUUAUUAGUGUUUUUAGCCUAAAUCUCACAAAUAUUACCAAGCCAUUCACUGAAUUUUCACCAACAUGCAAGUUCUUUUUUCGUUUUGUUCGUUUGCCUUGUCUUGGAAAGGGAACUGUCGUCAGACUUGUCAAAAUCGCGAAAAAUAAAGUAACUGUUUUGGAAAGGCGCCAUCUAUGGUACUCAAUUCGCCUUGGUACAGAUCCAUAAGUAAAAACACUUUCAGCUGGUUGUCAAAAAAUGCCCAUAGCUGAUACCACCUGAUUCCAAUUUUUCAAUAUUUUUUUAUAUUAUUUUUAAUAUUACCAUACAAAUUCUAAUUUGGCAUAUCAACCCCACCAAUACGCAAAAAGGCGAAGCACGCACACUAUCACACAAUUGGGUGCCUGUCAAACUCACGCAAAUGGUACCUGCAAAAAAAUAGGAAGAAGAAGAGUGUUUUUACUUGAAUUUAAGUACAAUGGUUGUAAUAAAAUAGAUUAGCUUUCGCCACUUCAUUUUGUGCUGACAUCCUAAUAUUUCAGGCAAAAGAAACAAAUCAGCUGCUCUACUGAUAUCACCUUGUAUAGAUUCGCUUUGCUUUUAAAUAACUAAAAAUAUAUUGAUAAAAAGUAUAAUAAUAGUUAGAGUGGUGCAAUUAAAACAAAAAUAUCUCACUUAGAAAAUACUUUUAAGUUUUAAAAUUGUCUACGUUUUAAAAAUACCUUAUAUAUAUACAUACAUACAUUCUUAGUCAAGAAUUGGCAUUGUGGCCUUUAAUUUUAUCAUUCUACUAGAAUUGAGUUGUUGCUGUUUUGACAGCAUAUACGAGUAUUAUGUUCCACAAGUGGGUGUAGUAAAUAAUUUGCUGUUUUUUUAUUUUUUAUUUUAUGUUGUCACAUUUACGUCUAGCUAGUCUAGCCAUAAGAGUAGCGUCCCCACGACAUACGGUUCUGCGUUACCGGAGCGACCCAUAUUUACAUUCGGCCAAGAACAUCUUGGCUUGAACAAAGGCUUCGAAACUCCUUUCCUGGAUAUUGCGAUGUAGAGCCUUACUUUUGGUUCAUAUUCAAGAUUCGUUGAGCUGAAAUUUUUGAAGUUUUUUUAACGUUUUGAAAAAAUUUGUACGUAACUCUGAUGGUAAUUCAUUUCUGCAGCGGCGUCACGUUGGCUCUCUUCUUCUUUCUUGAUUUACGCGAUUCGUUUAUUUCUCGUGCUAACCGACGCCAAUUUGAAACACCAAGUGAAUCCAAGUCCUCCACCUAAUCUUUCCAACGCAGAGGAGGCCUUUCUCUUCCUCUGCUACCACCAACUGGUACCCCAUCGAAUACUAUCAGAGCCGGGGCGUUUGUAUCCAUUCGGACGACCUGACCCAGCCAUCGUAGUCGCUGGAUCUUUAUUCGCCGCGCUAUGUCUAUGUCGUCGUAAAGCUCAUACAGUUCAUCGGUUCAUCGCCUGCGAUAUUCGCUGUUGCCAACGUGCAAAGGUCCAAAAAUCUUGCGCAGAAUCUUUCUCUCAAACACUCCAAGCGUCGCUUCAUCGGAUGUUGUCAUCGCAGAAGCUGCCAUACGUUAGGAUGGGCAUGAUGAGAGCCUUAUAGAGUGUUAGUUUUGUUCGUCGAGAGAGGACUUUACUACUCAAUUGCCUACUUAGUCCAAAGUAGCACUUGUUGGCAAGAGAGAUUUUACGUUGGAUUUCAAGGCUGACAUUGUUAUCGGUUUAAUGGUGGUUCCUAAGUAUACGAACUCCUUUACAACCUCGAAAUCAUAACUGUCAACACUGACGUGGGUGCCGAUGCUCGAGUGCGCGGACUGUAUGUUUGAUGACAGGCGGUAGGUACUUCGUUUUGUCUUCGUUCACCACCAGACCCAUUCGCUUUGCCUCUUUAUUCAGGUUAGAAAAGGCAGAAUUCGUAGGGCGAUGGUUAAGGCCGAUGAUGUCAAUAUCAUCGGCAUACGCCAACAAUUGAACGCUCUUAUAAAAUAUUGUGCCUGAGCGAUUAAGUUCUACGGCUCGCAUGAUCUUUUCAGCAUCAGGUUAAAACAGUCACACGACAGCGAGUUAUUGAAACUCGCUUGGUAUCAAACGGUUCAGAGAGGUCCUUCCCAAUUCCUAUGGCGCUGCUUGUAUUGAGCAACGUCAUUUUGUAUAGCCGUAUUAGUUUUGAGGGGUAAAUUCAGGCAUCGCGGCAUCGUACUGUCGAAAGCAGUUUUGAAGUUGACGAAAAUAUGGUGUGUGUGGAUUCUCCUUUCAUGGAUCUUUCCCAAGACUUGGCGUAUAGUGAAUAUCUGGUCGACGGUGGAUGUGCCAGCCACACUAAUAAGGUCUAAGGUCUAAUUAGUUGGUUGAUGGAGGGCUUCAGCCUUUCACACAAUGCGCUCGAUAGAACUUUAUAUUCGAUAUUUAGAAGACUUAUCCUGCGGUAAUUGGCGCAGGUUGCAGUAUCACCCUUCUUGUGGAUCGGGUAGAGCACACUUAAAUUCCAUCGGGAUCUUCACAUUCUCUGUGACAUGCGCAGCUGUCACUGUUUAACAAGUUCAAAAAGUGUUACCUUCAUUAUUUAAGCACGCUCUGGACGUCAGUUACCAGAUCGUCGUUUUUGUUCUUACAGGAAAACACCGCGAUCUACCUUUCUGGUAGAAUUUUCGGUCGUUUUUCUUUUGGCCAGCAUUUCAAUCUCCUCGAACUCACUUAUUUCGGUCUUUCGUUGUGCCUUUUUCAGCUCCCGGUAGCGAUCCUACAUGGCUAGCUUGCGCGAGCAGCUUGACAUUCCUCAUCAUACCAAUUGUUUUUUCGGGCUCGCCGAAAUCAGAUUUCUGUAUGAAACUGGAUAAUUGCGACGAUUAUUUCGAAUCAUGUUUUGAACCGUCGGUCGAAUAAAUUUUGAGCAAAGAAGCAAUAUAAAGAUCUACUAUAAACUCGUUAAAACGGCGUCCAAGGCACCAUGUAAAGUGGUGAAGGGAAUUAUUUAAAAAAAAACAAACCAAUUUUAUUAAAUUUUCUUUAGCUUUCUUAAAUUUGCAUUACUUGGUGAACUUUUGAGACAGACCUUGUAUAUACACAUAUGUUCACUUAAUAGCAGCGCAAAUUUUAACUUUUUUUCAUUUUUUUUUAUAAGAAUAUAGUUCAUACUACAACAAAAAAAUAUAACUUAACGUUUCAAGCUGUGUACAAAUUUAAAAAAAAUUUUCAUCAAAAUUUCAAACCUUUUAAUUAGAAUAUUUUGAGUUUUGAGUUUCAAUCUUUGCAAGAAAUUAAAAAAAAAAUCCAACAAAUUUCCAUAAAAAUAUCAAAUUUCUUAGUCAGAGUUUUAGGAAAAAUUCUCUGUAUGUAGUUUCACAGCACAGUGAAUUUCGGUAUAAUUUCUUUCGAAAUUAGGAAGGAAGUGCCGUGACGGUGAAUGGCAAGCGCUAUCGAGCCAUGCUGACGGAAUUUUCUUUCCAAAAGGUAAUCAGCUAAAUAUCGACGAAAUUUGAAUCCAACAAAACGGCGCUACUUGAGUUACAGCGCGCUUAACAAUCGAAUUAUUGUAAUAUUCAAGCCAACAUUAACGCCAUACGGCCAGGAAAAAGUAGUUAAAAAUUGGACUCGUCGAAUGGAUCAUGUAAAUCGUAGCCGUGGGGACAUAUGCCGGAUAUUAAAUAUAAAAAAAAUUAAUAAUAAAAAAAAUAAAUGCAAUUAACUCGCAGAUUAUGUUAAAAAAUAAAAAAUCCAAUCCAACAAUAUUUUUGUUUUGUAUUAUCAUUUUAAGUUCUCAAGUUCUUAAAAAAUACCCAAUACAAACAUUAAUAAAAAAUAAUGAAAAAAUAUAUUUCACACUAUCACUUUUAAAUAGCUUUAGGCCAUUUCUUCUCUUUACGCAUAUCUUAUCGCAUAUCUACACCGAGCACACUGUUGAAUCUAUACGAUUACAAAAACAAAAACAAAGGAAUAAAUAUCCUACAUGCAUAUCUUAACGGAACCAUAUCAAAACUCACAUCUCGUACACUUACACUCUUAAUAUUGAACACUAAAAUGCAUUUUUUUAGAUCCUUCAAAACAAGUCAUAUUUUUACGACUAUUAUUCUGCGUGCAAUGCUUGUAAAAUGUAUCGAAUAUACGCAUGAAAAAUAAAAGACGAAUUGUACUUAAACUGUGUCAAAAGAUUGCAGUAGCUUAUCAUAUAAAACGUUAUUCCUCUAACUAUAAUUGAAUAGCAUGAAAAAAAUUGUUAUUGCAAAACACAAAAAAAAAAAAAAAUUAUGUAAUUUUUGCAUUUCCAAUCAGCAGCAAAUUGUAGUCUACACACACAGCACCUAAAUAAUUCCAUAACUAAAUCCACUAGAGCAAACAAACGCAAGGACAACGAUCCAACAACAAUAAUUGAAUACUAUCUAUCAACAACGCAAAUUGCAAUUUAGCAAAGAAUUCAAUAUUUUAGAAAAU